UCUCCCAGAUGAUCCCUACGUCAUCCAGCUGCUGUUCCAGUGCCCUAACGUUACCUGUAAGGACCUGCAGCUGGGCACGCCUCACCCAGGUGCAGUCCUCAGGGACACUACGGGAGCUCAGGCGGGAAUAAUGGAAGCAGUUGAUACUGUGGAGGGUGAGGGCUGGCAUGGGCAACAGACCACUCAUCCCUUCUUGGUUUUUAUUAAAUCAUGGAUCUUUUUUCUCCUCCUCCAUCCAGAUGAGGAUGAAUGUAAUGGAACCUCUGCACAAACGCUGUGUGGCAACAACGCUGAUUGUCGCAACACAGUGGGAAGCUACUACUGUACCUGUAAGGCAGGAUAUUUCCACCCGAGCAAACAACGUAACUUCACAGACGGCAGAGGCUGCAAAGAUGAGGAUGAAUGUAAUGGAACUUUUACACAAACACCGUGUGGCAACAACACUGAUUGUCACAACACAGAGGGAAGCUACUACUGUACCUGUAAGGCAGGAUAUUUCCACCCGAGCAAACAACGUAACUUCACAGACGGCAGAGGCUGCGAAGAUUUGAUAAAUCUUCGCCCGGACAGUUCAUCUUUUGCGGAUAUUGAUUCAUUUGCUGAGGUUUCCAAGACGAGUUUGUUAAAGUUUUGCAACACAAGUUCAACAGAAUUCUUCAAGUUGGUUUCCAAUUUCAUGGAAGUCAUGGAAAAUUAUGCAAUUGCUGCUGCCCGGAAUUUACAUCAUCAACAAAAGGCAGAGUUCUCUUCCAAUAACUUGGAAAUCUCCAUGCAAGCAAUCCGGAACAGCACAAUCCCAAACGAUAACAGAUUAAAGUUAUCCACUGGCAAUAACAGCCUGAACAUUGGCUGGAAGAGCGUGGCAGGGAAAGAGAAUUUUGAUGUUGCUGCCGUUGCUAUCUCCUACAAAUAUCUGGGCUCUCUUAUGGAACCGAACCUUUUGGAAGGCAGCAAGAAUGAAAACAAGCUGGAGCUGAUCUCAGAAGUUGUGACUGCCGCAGUAACGAACACAGGCAGGAGCCACCUCCUGGAACCAGUCACUCUCACCUUAAUAUUUUUUCUCUCUCACCAGCACAAUAAUAAGAGUGCAAAGUGUGUCUUCUGGAAGAGUUCAUCCUUCAGCUGGUCCACUCAAGGCUGCCAAUUGGUCGAGUUCAACGCAACAUACACAGUGUGCAACUGUACGCACCUGACAAGCUUUGCGGUGCUCAUGGCCCUGGAUGUAAUAGAGGGGAAUGAUGCUCACAAUCUACAUCUGAUCACUCUGGUCGGCGUUAUUGUCUCUCAGGUUUGCCUUGCGCUGUCAGUCCUCACCUUCACCCUGUGUCGGGCCCUUAAAAGUAUCAGGACCACCAUCCACACUCACCUGUGCAUCAGCCUAUUUUUGGCAGAACUGCUGUUCAUCUUUGGAAUUGACAAGAACGAAUAUCAGGUAGGUGAAGAUAAUGGUGUCCACUACUCCCAUCACUUCCAGACUCUUUGUGCCGUCAUCGCUGGAUUCCUGCAUUAUUUCUUCCUGGCCUGUUUUUCCUGGAUGCUCCUGGAAGGUGUGCAGCUUUACCUCAUGCUGGUGAAAGUCUUCAAUGCAAAGAGUAUGAGACCAGCGUACAUGUACUUGUUUGGCUACGGUUGCCCCGAUUACUGUUGGCAUCUCAGCAGCCUUGUUUCCCCAGGGAUAUGGAACAGAGAAGUAAUAACUUCUCGUGCCUCUUGUUUUAGGGUCUUUACCUUCACUGCUGUCGCUCAGCUCUGCCUCCUGGGAUGUACUUGGAUAUUUGACAUGUUGCACUUCCAGAAGGAAACAAUUGUCAUGGCCUACAUCUUCACUGUGAUCAACAGCAUGCAAGGAAUGUUCAUCUUCAUCCUGCACUGCCUCCUUAACAAGCAGGUAAGACCCCUUGAAUUUGUUCAGCAAAGUUCACUCAAACAGUAUGUAGAUGGCCAACCAGAGAGAGGGCAAUGCUGGACCUUCCAUUGGGGAAUGAGGCUGGGCAAGUGACUGGCCUGUGUGGGCGAGCACGUUGUGACCAGUCACCAGGAUUAUGGACUCAAGCCAACGGUAUAGCCAUGGGCAUUCACAUAGGUCCCAGCUAUGUCUGCCUUUAUUGACAGCUGCAGGACUAAUAAGGUUUUCAUAGAAGGGGAUUUUAACUUUCCAAAUAUUAACUGGGAAUAUCAUAGUGCAAAAGGUUUAGGCAGGGUAGAAUUGGUCAAAUGUAUUCAGGAACAUUUCCUCCGGCAAUUUAAAGAGACCCCUUCUUCAGAGAAGGCAACACUUGCUUUGGUCUUCAGAAAUUGGAAUGGACAAGUGGAUGAAGUGUUCAUGGAUUAGCUUUUUGGGACCAGCGGCCAUUGUCUAUUAGGUUUAGAUUGGUUAAGGAUAGAGACCAGGUGGGCCCACAAAUUAAAAUCCUAAAUUGGGGCAAGGCCAACAUUGAAGGUAUUAGACAGAAACUUGCUCGUGUUGGUUUGAGAAAGUUGUUUGAAGGAAACGGACCAUCCAGAAAUGGGAUGUUUGUAAAAGUCUGCUGACAAGAGUCCACGACCUUCAUGUUCCUGUUAGAGUGAACGGUAAGGCCGCAAA